AUGCCUAGUAAUGUGAUGUUUUCUAAGUCUCAAGAUGUAGUAUUCAAAAUGAUAGAUUUUGCCAUCCAGAAAAGGUUAGCGGCACAACUUGUUGCCUAUCAAGCGGGACACAAAAUCUGGUCUACAAAAAUCAAUGGAAAAAGUCAGGAAUAUGUGGAAGAAUUAAUUCUUCCCCUAUCAAAAUCUUGGAAUAAAAACCUGGUAUCUAGUUUGUUCUACCCUUUUGAAGCUCAACAAAUUUUCAACAUUCCUAUCACUGACACUGAUUACCCUGAUACUUUCUGUUGGCCUAAAACAAAGGAUGGUGAGUACACUGUGAAAUCAGGUUAUCAGGUUGUGCAAAAAUGGCAGAGAAAGGAGCAGGCACCAACUACAAGCAACCCCAUGGAAGAGAACCCUAUAUGGAAAACUCUAUGGCAGCAGAAGAUCCCUCCUAAAUAUCAGCACCUUAUCUGGAGACUUCUUCACAAUGCCCUACCAGUUACUGAUAAUUUACAGAAGAAAGGAAUCAUGUGCAAUCCCUUAUGUCCUAGAUGCAAUGCUAAAAUAAAGGAUAUUAAUCAUGUUUUUAAAGAUUGUAUUUGGGCUCAACAAGUGUGGUUUGCAUCCGCCCUAAACAUUAAUUUUGAAAAGCUCAGGACUAGCUUUAUUGAUUGGAUUCAUGACUCUUUCUCUCAGAAUCAAUCAGACACUGUUGAAUUAAUUAGCUCAAUCUGCUAUCAUAUUUGGAAAGCCAGAAAUCUUCUAGUUUUUCAACAGAAGAACAUACCUGUCUUAGAGAUCCUUGAACAAGCGUGUGCAAAUUUGCGUGAGUACAAGCAACUUCAGCAGAAGGAUUCAACAAAAGCUCGACCAAAAACUCGUCAAAGCAGUAACGAUCUAAACUGGAGUCCCCCUCCUGCAAACACACUAAAAAUCAAUGUGGAUGCUCACUUUCAUAGUGAUGGCCAUUGGGGUUUAGGGUGGAUUGUACGGAAGAGGGAUGGAAGUUGCCUCGGAGCUGCUACGCGAGUUGUUAGAGCUCGAACACCCAUCGAAGCUGAAGCGUUGGGUCUCAUCGGCGUCAUGCAGUACAUCGACAAUCUUCAGAACCAACAUCAGGAUAUGGCGAUUAUUGUAGAGAUGGACGUAAAGAUGGUGGUGGACGCGGUGAAGACGAAGCACUAUCCUAGGGUUUAUUGGGGAAAAAUUGCUCAAAAAGGAGGGGAAUGGUUAUCAAACCAUCCAAAUGUUUCUGUUAAUUGGAUUGGACGUGUAGGAAAUAGGGUUGCCCACAACUUGGCUAAAUGGGCUUUAGUUGAACCAAAUAAAAACUGGUUAUCUAAUGUACCCCCUCAAAUAGCCCUCUUUAUCCAAAACGAUAUAAGACCUGGUUGA